AUGUCUUGCAAAACAGACUCUAUUGACCACUGGGAAGACCUCAAGACAUGGCUAAGUGUUGCAACAGACAGCCUCCUACCUAAGGCCGCUGAAACACUGAGGCAUCAGACACAGGACCAGCUGGAUGACAACAUAGCAAACCUCAUGAAACAAGACCCACGUCAGAGCUACAGUCACAAAGAAUUAGUAAAGAUCACCGGCUCCUUAAGCCACACACUCAUCGCCACCCUCAAGCUGAGCGACAGGCAUGCCGCCCAUCUCCAGCAGGAGCUAACACGCACACAACGACGCGUCGAGCAGCUAGAAUUGGAGGCUCAGGAACGACAGGAAGGGCCUGAUGGAGUGGAACAAGGCACCAAGGAGGAGAUCACUAGGCUAAAAGAGACCCUAGCAGCUGCUACCCAAGAAAUGGAACGAGGCAAGGCUGACUACGCUGAUCUCUCCAACAAGCUACAAUAUGCCGAACAGCUCCUGGAAAAGGCAAAGGUCGACUUCAGAGACAAGAACAGCCGAAUUAAAGGCCUUGAAACUCACCUGGAUGAGUCAAGAAAUGAGAUCAGUCGCCUAUCACAGAUCAUCGCAUGGCAGGCUGACUACCACCUCCUCAGAGAGGCCCUCAUUAAAGAAUUCGCUGACCCUGAGUCAGAACAAGGACUAGUGGCUGCCCUGGAGACGAGACAAGGACGUCAUGAAUCUCCUCAAGCCUACUACAGCCGACUCAGACGAGCACACUUCGGAACUCGCAACGAACCGAACAUGGAAAAUGAUCUAAACUUCAAAACUCUCUUCCUGAGAAACCUCCAUCCUGGAGUAAACCACCAUCUUGGCGUUCUCGCAUGUCCGCGAACAAUGAAUGCUCAACAGUUGCGAGACUUGGCACAGAAAGCCUAUGGCAAACAAAAGAUGGCCGCACUCACCUGGACGUCACUGGGAAAAAUCUUGGGACCAAUUCAGACCUCAUGA